AUGGGAUGCAGCCGACAAUGUCUUCCUAUUGGAAUCACCAUUGAAGAAGACAAAGUGAAGAAAUAUUUUCAGGAAGCCAUGGUGGGAACCUCAAGCUGCCAUGUUUUCUCCUUGUUUUUUCCAGCUUUAUUACUUUUUCUGCUUCUUCUUCUUCUUCCUUCCUCUCCCCUUAACAGCAACCGGUUACCCCAAGUUUUGACUUCCUUCUCGCCUUUCCGUCGCGACGGGACCGAUCACUCGCCGCAUUCUUCGCCGGCUCCACCGCAUGUUUCCCUGGACGGGGUUCUGUCGACUUCCGUGUAUAAAACCAAUAAACUUAAUGUUGCAGCAAUUAUUAAAAAGAAGAGCAACAUGGAGAAGAUUGAAGAUGAUUUGGCUAAAGCACGAGUAGCCAUUCUCAAAGCAGUUCAAUUGCAGAACUUUACAUCAGAGAAAGACGAUAACUUUGUUCCAAAAGGAUCCAUUUACAGAAAUCCAUAUGCAUUUUACCAGUUAAGUACUUAA